AUGGAUUUGGGUGCAGGUUAUGCAAUUGAUGAUACUGAUAGAGUCCUUAAUUUUAUGUGGUUAAAGUUCUUUCUUAUUUGGCGCUAUUUUAGGUUCUGGUCGCUGAUAGGAGGUAUUGAGACUCCUGAGAAUAUGCCUAAGUGUAUCAACAACUGUUAUAAUUUAGAGGGCUUCUGGAACUGGCAUGCCUCGUUCAACAAAUGGCUUGUCAGGUACAUGUACAUUCCACUUGGUGGUUCUCAGAGAAAGCUACUUAAUGUGUGGGUCAUUUUCACAUUUGUGGCAAUAUGGCAUGAUCUUGAAUGGAAACUUCUUUCAUGGGCAUGGCUAACAUGUUUAUUUUUUAUUCCGGAAAUAUUAGUCAAAUCAUCAGUUAAUGCCUUUCAGGUAAACAGUGCUUCUGGAAUGUUCAUACAUCGUGAACUUAGUGCCAUUGCUGGUGCAGUAACAAUUACAUGCCUAAUGGUUGCAAAUCUUAUUGGUUAUGUUAUAGGACCAUCAGGCAUAAAUUGGUUGAUUUCACGAUUUCUUCAAAAGGAUGGGUUGCCUGUUCUAGCUGUCUUGUUUGUAUCAUUUUAUGUCGCAACCAAGCUUAUGUUUCACAUUCGUGAUGUGGAAAAAAACUGUCAGUGAUAGGAUUUGUUUGGGGCUGAUACUUUUUCAACUGGUACUCCUGCUAAUGUCAGAGAUAUGGGAACAAGAGACUCUGCUUGCUUCCUGCUGAUGCAGGUAAAUUACAGUUAAACUACACAGCCUUUCUUCUUCUAUUGUGGCAAUUGAAGAUUGGAAUAGACAGUUUUUUUUUAGCAAUUCACUUACUGGUUCAAUUCUAGAAUCUGAAAAUUGCAGAUAUCUUUGUUAGUCAAGCUGCGGGAUCAAACCUGGUCGCUGAUCUAACAGCCUUGACCAUCUGUUGCUAGAAAGUGUUUGCUUUAAGGGACCUUUAAAAAGUAUGAUGAGAUAGCUGUAUCACCAUGACCUGAUUUACUGAAGUCAUUUAUAAUGCAAUUCUACUUACAAAUACUCCCAAACAUGAUGCAUCUAGAUCUUCGCACAAAGCAAGCAAGCCACUCUGGUUCAAAUUUGUAUUUACCUUUCUUUUGACAAGCAAUUUGUAUUGACAAUCUUACUAGCUCCUCUAACUGCUAAUCCCUGUAAGAAUUGUGGUAGAAUUGCCUGCUUUUGAUUUCAUUUUCGAUACUAAUGUAGAUCAUAGAAAAUUUAUUUGACA